AUGUAUUGCCUUAUUCUAUAGGUACGCUGUGUACAUCAAGUGGGAAGAUGCUGUUCUUCACUGCAAGCCUUUGGGUCAUGCUGAGCCUCCUGGCGCCCAGGAGCUCUGGGGAUGAGAUGGGCGAGUUCUCUGGGAACGGGCCUCUCGACAACGUAGGGGAGGGGGGAAAGGAUGGAGUUGAAACCUAUGCGAACGAAGUCAAGAUGCUGAAGACCUUGCUGGGAGGCAAGGAGAGCGGGAAAAACCUGCUGGGUCGAAUGAUCGGCAUAGAGAAGAACAAGGACAACGGACUGGAACUACGUAAUGAAGAGAGACAGGCCAAGCCGAACCUUGGUGACGUGAUAAAUGACCUGUGCGGGGUUACACCGAAACUGGGACGGAUCUUCCCCGUGAAUUCUCCAGUAGGACACUACAAGUACGACUUUGCCGAAGCUAAACACGCCUGUGAACAGCAGGGCGCUUCCCUCGCCACCUACCACCAGCUGUACGAGGCCUGGGAGGACGGGCUCGAGCACUGCGCGUGCGGGUUUCUGUCGGACGGCACUUCCCGUUAUCCAAUGCAGACAAAACAAACUGGCUGUGGCAACGUUGGUAUCAACACGUGUGGGUGGCAAAACACUUGGGACGCCUGGUGUUUCCGCACACUGAGCAUCUGUGACUGAGGUACAGAUAUAGAUUCCAGGACAGUGCGUAUCUAGUUCUAUUUGUAAAUGGGUUAGCGUUGAGAUCAGGCGUGGUUCUGGAUAGUCUGUGUAUCGAAGAACGUCUACUAAAUUUGACCCAGGCAUGGUUCUGGAUACGCAGGGCCUGAGCAUGGUUCUAGAUAAAGCACUGUUCUGGAUACAACAACGGAUGAUGCCGACGACAACAGAACAGUAGUCUAGUAGGAUGUCGUUCUAGACCUAACAUUUUCCAAUAGUAGCUAUAGCCCUGCUUGCCGCUCAGAAACCAGUCUAUCUUUACUAGAGGCAUCCAUGUCAGUUGCAGAGAAAGGGCAUUCACCAUUUCUUCAAAUGAAAAAAAAAAUACUCCCCGAAAAGAAGAUGUGCAAAAUUUAUGACUCAACUUUGAAACCUCUCGUGGCCAUUUCUAUGUAGAUGCUAGUAACCUAGGUCUAGGUUGGAGAGAAAAAAACAACAGGACUUUGUUCUGCAAAUUUUCAAAUUACGGAUACCAAUUUUAUUGGAAUUUUUCCACCAUGUGGUUGCAUUGACCAAGUUACUUUUUCCACACCCCAAAAUCUUUAAAACUCCACAAGGGUGCGUUCUACUUGAUAAUGUCCUCCUAAUGCCAGAAAAAGCAUCAGUCAUGCUGCCAAUUUUUCCAGAAAAAGAUUUCUAAAUUACCAACAAUGAUAUUUGUGUACAUCCGCGUUGCCUGCCAAUGCAACUUUCAUGUAUGCCCCAGGUAUGUUUUUGUUUGUUUGUUUGUUAUGCACGCCAUUCUAGUAUAUUACAGUGUUCCGUACAAUUUCAAACAUCUUGUUUACAUGUAACCUAACUGUCAUCAAUUGACCUGAGAAAUUUGAAUAUAUCAGGAAAGGCUGUUGACUGUAAAAGUGGUUUAUAAUUAUCAGUCAGAGAAUGCAUACUUCAGUCAUUUCAACUAAUAACGCUGUUUUAAUUUUGUUUUGUUUUUGGUUGUAACCAGGGAUAGUUUGAUGCUGGCAGAAUAGUUGUAAGGCAUCCAAUGCGAUUUCGUGGUGUCAAAAAAAAUUUGAAUGAACAGAUCUGUCUGAAAAUUAUAUUUACUGCCAUUUCCUAUCACAUUUUAACAUCAUUUAAUACUUGAAUCGUUUAAAGCAGCCCUAAAACAAGCUAUGCGACAAGUCCCUUAACAUUUCGGUACCACCUAUGAAAGCCUACGAUAUGUAUCGAACAACCGUUUUACGCCAGCAGUAUCAGACAUUUGCCUCACAGAUAUCAUUACAACAUGGAAAAAGGUUUCAACCUACUGCAUUAAAAAGACCAGAAAAUUGACUUUUAAAAUCCCGUUUCACUGUCCUGAAAUCGCUUUCGAUGCCCUUUAGAAUCCUCAUUGUACUUAAUUUUAGAUGUUAAUUCUUCAUUUAAACAAGACUAUUACUUGUGACUUGUGCUGGCUUCCUAUGUAGAUGCAAAAAACGACAUCAGAAUAAAAACUUCUUUAAAAGCA